CGGCCCCGCCCCCAGCCGGCGCCCCCCGGGCUGCCGCUGCUAUGGCAACGCGGCGUCGCCGCCGAGGUCGCGGAGCCCCCGGCGGCCGGGAAAGAUGACAACGUCUGCUGAGAAGCUGCCCUCAAGUCCCAACACUGGGAAAAAGCAAUCUUCUCAUCCGCCUGUCUGCGCAAAUCCCGGCAAUCCUGUGUUUUCCUGUAUGCUGGACCCCAGAACGCUGAUGACCAGUAGUUCUUUGAGAAAGCCUCAGGUUUUACUGUUUAAAACAACUUCGAGUGAAUAUGGUGCUAUACCACCUACUUCACAGAUGUUACCCUGUACUUACCAUCCAGUAGAUCAAACGUUUACAAAACACUUACUCACUUGUGGGUCAUCUCAAGAUGGUUAUUUGAAUACUGACAUUGACAGAAGUAGGGUAUAUGACUACCCCAAUUUGCAGCAUACUCUGUAAAAAUGGCUCUUAAUUUUCUCAGACUUAGCCUAGACACUGAGCUUUAAGAAAAGAAAUCUGACUUUGUUAGUGACAGUUAUUCCCAGAAUGAUUGAAAUGUUUGAUUUAUCUUGGUUUUGCUGGGUUGAACAAGAUGCAUCAAAAAGGAUGUAGCACAUUUGAUGAUAUACUUCUCUGAAUCAGACCUAAACCUGUAAAAAUAAAGCUUUUGAAACAGGUAUCAUAAA